UCAUUUUUUACUUCCAUAAACAAAAUCACGAAAUAGCAUAGCCCGACGCACGCCUCUUUUUCUCCCUUCUUCAACAUUUCAUCGUCUUCCACAUUUAUCCCUAAAUCCGUUCGUGGCUCUCUCGUAAUUUCCACUAUUUUCAAUCCGAAUCACCCAGCAACUCUCAGAAUCUCCGGCGAUCUGGUAUUUGCGGGCGCCGUUCUCAGGGAGCGACAACUGUGUUCGUCUUGUUAGGGUUACUUUAUGUGGGAAGGUUGAACUUCUGUUUAAGUCUGGAAUUAGGGUUUUCGUUUUCGUUAUACGCUGCGAGUGCUAAAUUAUUUGCAGAGAGUUCAGUUUUUCCCGGAGAGCCGAUUUUUUUUUUUUUUUGAGUAUUUGUAAUUAGGGUUUUUCAAUAUCUUAUUCGGGCGUGCAGUUAUAUUUCGGCUUUGAUUUAAGUCAUUCGCCCGUAAGGAAUCUACAGCAAGGGUUUGAAGUGUUUAUUCAUCUCAAGUGAUGCCACGAAGUUCCAGGCACAAAUCUGGUAAGCAUAACUCGAAGGAUGCGAGAGACUACUCGGAUUCAGAGAAGGACUCCGGUUUGAAAGAACGAAAGGUGAAAGAGGAUGGUAGCACUAGAGUUUCAAAAGACUCCGCUUCCGGCGAGAAGCGGAAGCUCGAUUCGAAAGAUAGCAAAGAUUUGUACGGUUCAGGGAAUGGGGAGUACUUGGAGGAGUACGUUUCCUCAAAGCGCCGGAAGGAGAGGGUCGAUGAUGGCGUCAGUGACAGGUGGAAUGGCGGUGAGAAUGAUAGAGCCGAGGGUUCGAAGAAGUCAAAGGCAUCAAGUGAUUUGAAGAGUAAGAAGAGAGAUGAAGGUGACGCGGAGGAGUCUAAGAAGAGUAGUGGAAAGAGUGAAGGAAAGCACAGGGAAUCUAGUCGCAAGGAAGGUAGAGAAGGUGCAGGAGAGAGGGAGAGGGAGAAGGAAAAGGAUAGAGAUAGGAAGUAUAAAGAAGGGAAAGGUGAGAGGUUGGUUGACAACGAAGAACACCGUGGAUCGAAACAAGCAACUGAAAAAACUGAGUUAAGUGCUCAGGACCAGCUGCAAAGUCCUGAAGCAGAAAACCAGCUUGAGAGACGGGGUAGGAGAAAGAGGGAUGGUUCUGGGGACGGUGACAAGCGGAAAGAUGAUUUUGGAGAUACUAAUGAUAGACGCCUAUCUUCGAAGGAUGAAAGUGCCAAAGAUGGAAGACAUAAGGAUGAAAAGUACAAAGAUGAGAGAUACAAAGAUAAGUCCCGUGAAGAUGUUGAGCGAGAGAACAAGCAUCGAGAUGACAAGCAGAGGGAUGAACGACUUGUUAGAAUUCAAUCUAAUAGUAGGUCUGAUGAUAAGCAUUCACGGGAUGAAAAAGAUUCAAUAGAAAGUAGGCAGAAGAAAUCCAAGCCUCAUGAUAGUGACCAUGAUAGGGAUAGAGAGCAUGACCAUGAGCAUGAACGUGGCUUUGAUUCUUCACGUGAUCGUGAUGGACACUAUGACCGUGACCGAGAACAUGACAGAAGUAGAGAAAGGGACCGCGAUCGAGACCGUAGUCGGCGUGAGUAUGAGCGUGAACGAGAUCGUGAUUGGGAUCGGGACCAAGAGCGUGAGCGUGAUCGUGAUUGGGAUUGGGAAAGGGAUCGAGAUCGAGAGAAGGAUCGAGACCGAGAUUGGGAUUUGGAACGUGAGAGGGAUCGAGAUCGAGAUCGUCAUCGUGAUCGUGAUCAUGAUCGAGAAAUUGACAAUGAUCGUGAUAAAGAUGUUGAUCGUGAUAGUUCCCAUCUUGAGGAUCGAAGUGUUAGAUACAAAGACAGUAGGGGAAGGAAGAGAUCCCCUGAUGAACGUGAUGAUAUCAGUGAUACUAAGUCAAGAGGUAUUAAAGCUCACUAUACAGAUUUGGAAACCAGAUCUUUGAGCAAUAAUAGAGUUGAUGUUGAUGUUGAUCGGGCAAGGUCCCAGUCUCGGCAAGCUCAUGUUGAUGCAAUUGGUGGAGGUAGCAACAGGCGAAGAACUUCUCCUAGCUCCAGUUCACAUGGUGGCGUGGAUGAUUUCAGGCAUAUUUCAGAGCAAAGGUCCAAAACAAUUUCUACAAGAGAAGUAACUGGUUUUUCUGGUGCAUCAGAGAGAAGCACUAAGUUUAGAUCUUCAGCAGAGAAAUCCACAAAAAUGGAUGAUGGACAUUUGGGUGAAUUGUCAAUUGAGAGGUCUUCGAGUUCCAAAGCUUCGCCCAUGGGCUUAGCUGAAAGAUCUCCAUCUUCAACAAGUUUUGAGCGUAGGCACAUAAACAGGGCUGGUGCUAGGCGGAGUCUUGAGGUUGAAGAAACUGGACGGAGGAAUAGUGCAUCCAUUGGCUCCAAAGAAUUGUCUGCUACUGAUGACAGACCAAGUAGGGAUUUGCCUCUAGAGAAGCCUCUGGCUGAUGAGUCCUCACAAACAGAUUUGGCUUUCUACAGUAGAGCUAGUCAGAGCAAUUCUUCUUUACUUCCUCCACCCAUAUUCAGGGGUAGCAUUGGCAGUCCACUAAUUGGAUCCAUGGAAGAAGAUAACAGAGUCAGCAUGAAUACUCGUUACAAAAGGAGUGGUGAUCCUAAUGUGGGAAGAGGACAAGGGAAUGCUUGGAGGGGUGCCCCAAAUUGGUCGUCACCAAUGGCAAAUGGAUUUAUUCCUUUCCAACAUGGCCCACCUCAUGGAGGUUUUCAAACUAUGAUGCCACAGUUUCCAUCUCCAUCUUUAUUUGGGGUUAGACCCACGAUGGAUAUUAAUCAUUCUGGAAUCCCUUACCAUAUGCCUGAUGCUGAGAGGUUUCCUAAUCAUUUGCGCCCACUUGGUUGGCAGAAUAUGAUGGAUGGUUCAGGACCUCACUUACAUGGAUGGGAUGUAAGUAAUGGUGUUUUUAGGGAUGAACCACACAUGUAUGUAGGACCUGAGUGGGAGCAGAAUAGGCACCCCAUGAAUGGUAGGGGAUGGGAAUCCGGUGCAGAUAUGUGGAAGGGUCAGAAUGGUGAUGUGAGUAUGGACUCAUCUGCAGUGUCUCAGAAGGAAGAGUACCCUGUGCAGCUCCCUAUUGAUGAUACUGUAGCUGGGCAGACAGGUCAGAGUGAAAAUAAUCAACUUGCUCUUCGGGCAAAAAGUGUUGAACAAGGGCCUGAUGUCACUUCGCCAGCAAGAGAAUCUUCUAAAUCUUCACCAAAAAUUCUUGUUGAGAAUAAGUCUGAUCGUUCUAGUGAAUCAUCUGAUGAUAUUUUUACUCGUUGCACUCGUGUUUAUCUUUCUAAGCUUGACAUAUCAUCAGAACUUGCUGGUCAAGAGUUGCACAGCCAGUAUUUAAGCUUACUGGAAAAAGAUCACUAUUCAACUGUGGAGGAAGACAUUACUUUUUUUGUGAGUUUAAAGGAUGGUGGAAAAGCAGUGCCAAAAAGUUCAAUUAGCCUGUUGAAUUCUUCUCUUUUUCCUGCAACAAAUGACUUGAUUUUUCAGAGAGCUAUGGAUUUCUACAAGAAGCAGAGAGUUGAAAUGAAUGGCUUGCCUAUCAGUGGCAGGUUUGAUGCUCUUUUCACAUCCACUCAGGUGAAAGUGGAGGAGCAAGUGCCAAUGCACAAUGUGGAGAAACAAGAGGGACCAGUGUUCAUUUCUGAUGAAGAGAUUCUGAAGGCACCUGUGUCAAAAGUAGAUCAGGUGAAACUUGAAGCUGAUUUGACUUUUCAUCCUGAGGAGAAACUGGAGGAACCUGUCUCAGCUCCCAGUCUGGAGGUGCCACAUCCUAAUCAGAAUGGUUUAUUGAAGAAGGUUGAGUUGGGUCCAGAUUUGACCCAUGGGACCUCAGAGGAAUCUAAACCAAUCUCGGAUGAGAGUAGGGUGGUUGAUGAAAUGGCUGCCAAGCAGGUGAUUUCUGAAGAUGUAGGAGGCAAACAAGUUUCAUCUCCUGGUACUGCAUCACCUGUUAUUGCUGUCUCACCAACUGGCAGCAAUGAAGACGCAGGUGAGACCAAAAAUGCAGCAGAAGACCAUUCUAUUCAAUGUACAGAGGGAAAGCAGAUUUUUGGGGAUGCAAUUAGUGGUCCUGUAGUUUUUCCGGAUGCUUCCCCUGAGGUGUCGGGGGCUUUGAUGCCUGGAUCUAAUGGAUCUGAGUCUGAGUCUGAGUCUGAGUCGGUAAUAUUAACUCGGAUACAUCAUUCUCCUGAAAGUACACAUUGAGACAAUUUCUAUAUCCAUGUUUUUUUCUUUCUUUUCAUUUUUUGCGAUUUUGGUUAAUCUUGCUUUUCCAUCUCUUUUCUGUUGCUUCCUAUAUUCUAAAGAAAUAAAAUGUGAUCUGCUCUUUGGGUCCCCA